GGUGAGCUCAGCAGAGCUGCUGCAGCCUCUUUCCCCAUCCCCUCCAGCCGCAGAGCCAUCCCAGAAGCUAGGCACGCACUGCCCACAGCAAGGACAGUCCAUUUCUCUGAUCCCUGCCCAUGUUUGGCAGCAAAGCCAAGCGACGCCCCGGAUGUAACCCCAGCCUUUUGGCUGCUCUUCUCUUGAUGCUGGGGAGCCUUUUGACACAGCCCAGAAGACUUCCUGACAGCGAGGCUGAGCCUUCAAAGGUAUCAUCUCCUUGACUCUGCGUUGCUGAGACACUGGCUGAUGGACCUGGCAGAGGGAGUUGGAGCUGGAUGUUCGGAGUGACGUGCCUGUGGGGGUCUGUGACGAGCUGAGGAAUCCAGGCUCUGCUAGCCAGCACCAUGCUGUCCCCGAAAAAAGGUCUGCUGUGCAACCUCAACCACAUCCACCUGCAGCACAUCUCCCUGGGGCUGCACCUCUCCCGUCGACCCGAGCUCCAGGAAGGCCCUGUCACAAUGGCUCCGGGAGACCAGACAGGCUGCAGUGACUGCCGGGAGAACUGUGGUGCCCUGGAGCAAGUUGACGCCAACUCCAACAACACCUCCAUGCAGUGUCGGUGCUGCAAGUCCCACCCGCAGCAGACCCCGAUGCUAGAUAUCUGGAACCAGCCUCUCCUGGAGGAUUUCCCUUCCCUGCAUAUUGAGGAGGAGGUGGCAGCCUCCCCUUCAGACCCAGCUUCCUCCUCUGUCAGCAGUUGCUCGGAUUUCAGCUUGGAUGACACGCCAGUCUCUGUUUACUGCAAGGCAUUCCCCGGUGAAGAGGCCCUAUCUCCUGACAAUCAGCCAAACAUUGUCCCCCUGAAGGAUGCCCAUGAUGCUCCCUCACUGACUGACAAGGGGGAACCGUCUGAUGGGAGAGAUGCUAACCUCAACGUCCAGGUACAAGAGCGACCAGAUCCGGGGGCCUGGGAGACCCCAGACAGCCUGUGCAGCAGCAGUUUGCUUGACUCCCCGUUUGAUGACGCUGACUCUCCCAGCAGGGGUGGGCAGGGGACCAUGGCAGAGCCGCACCCCACCAGCGUCUGUGCUGAGUUGGACUCCAACUGCAAUGCCCUGUCUGCCCUAAGCAUCCAGCCAUCUGGUCUGUCUGCGCUAGCACCAGGAAAGCGGGGCCCCAGUCUGAACAGUUCAGUUAAGGCUCCCCCUCCAGUGCCCCCGAGGGCUAAGAGGGGGCUGCAGGUGCUGAACAGGAGCAAAGUGGAAAGGCCUGUCCCAACAGAGGUAGACCAGUGCAGAGAUGCCACUCGGAAGACCGUCACCUCAUUCCAUGAGUUGGCUCAGAAGCGGAAGAGGAACACAGCUGGGCCACCCCCCACACAGGCCAAGAAGGACCAAAGCGACUGGCUAAUUGUAUUCUCCCCUGACAAGGAGCUGCCGCCCCUCAACGAGCUCACCUGCUGCAGCACCCUGUGCCCGGAGCCACCUGGGCGCCAGCUGCAGUGUGACAAGCAGGCAAAGCCCCCCAGGUGCAGCCAGAGGGAGGUGACCACAUUCAGGGAGCUCCGGUACCGCAAUGCCAUCAACAAGCAGAAGGGCCAGCUGGCCUGGGAGCAGGGGGCGAGAGCAGCAUCCCAGAAGCAGCCUGAGCCCCAGGAAGCAGCAAUGGGCAGAGACAUCUCCAGUGGCAGCAGGCUCCAGGGGGCCGACUGGGGGCCGGCUCCACAGCUGAACGGGUACCUCCUGGCCCUUGCGGAAAGCCAUCAGCAGAGGAAGCAGUCUCCGUCUGCGCUGCCGGGUGACACAGAGGAAGGGGAGCGACGCCUGGAGGGCUAUGUCCUGAGGAGAAAGAUGCCUGGGUCUGGCUGUGAUAAGGAGACACUGGGCUGGAGGCUCGGGGGACCUGAGGGGGAUCCCUGGGUGUCAGGGAAGGCCCAGAGAGGACACAGAGCCUGCAAGGAGGUUGGCUCUCCCCUCUCUCGCUGCCCCAGGCCUCAGAUGCUGCCGUUCCAGCCUCUGCUCUUCCAUUUCUCGGCCGAUGGGAAGCCUCUCUACUACAGCUCGGACCCGGUGGCGCCUUCCCUGCCCUUGAUCCCCUCCCUUAACUCCAGCUUGGAGAGCAUUGAGCUGAAGUCUCCUGCCCUCUUCACCCCGGCCUUCCACCCCACGCUGAAGACCUUGUCCUGUGAUGAAGUCUGCCUCCUGGCCAGCAAUAAGGGGACAGUCUUGGGCACCCUCUCCCCAGAGGAACUGCUCCCCAUCCGCCUGUCCCCCAUAGGGGCCUACUCCCCGCCUAACCGGGGAGUGCUGCCUUUCCUGGACAGCCAAGACCUGUCUGUGCUCUUCUCCCCACUCUUCCCGAGAAGCAGAACCUUCCCAACUAUGGCCUUCCCCUCCCACCAGGUCCCAGAGCUGCCACUCGGCAUGGAGGUGUCCAGAGCCCGCUGCCCCAGGGGAGAGGCAUGUGCACACAGUCAGGCUGGAGCAUGCUAUGGGGCAGUGUCUCCUGAGCGAAAGCAGAGCAAAGGGGCCAAGAAUCCAAGACCUCCCAAGCAACUCAGACAUUCUCAAUCCUUUGCCGGUGUUCCAGGGACAGGCCAGCACUGGAUGGCAAAUGCAGACAGAGCCUAUGACCAUCUGAGAGAGCAAAAGAAAGCCCUGCUGGUUGCCAUCAACACCUCCGUGGAGAAGCUCAUUGCUCACUUCAGCACAGCAAGGAGCCUGGUGCAGAAGACGCAGCUGGGUGACAGCCGGCUAAGCCCAGAUGUGAGCUACCUGCUGCUGAACACCCUGUGCCCGGCGCUCUAUGCCCUGGUGGCAGAUGGGUUGAAGCCCUUCCAGAAGGACAUCAUCACGGGCCAGAGGAGGAGCUCGCCCUGGAGCGUGGUGGAGGCCUCGGUCAAGCUGGGCCCCGGCACUCGGCCCCUGCACUCGCUGUACUGGCAGGUGUCCCAGUUGGCUCCCCUCCGCAGCAGCAGGCAGAGGUUCCACGCCUUCAUACUCGGCCUUCUGAACAUAAAGCAAUUGGAGCUGUGGCUCUCCCACCUGCAGAAGAGCUCAGGUGUCAUCUCUGUCCUCUACCUGCCCACGGCCUUCUUCUCCCUGAGCCAAGGCCCCUUCCCGCACUUGGCCCGUGAGCUGCUGCUCCUCGUCCAGCCCCUCUCUGUGCUGACCUUUCACCUCGACCUGCUCUUCGAGCACCACCAUGUGCCCAUGGAUGUGCGGCCCCUGCCCCACAGGCCAGACUCCCCCCCCAGCCACCCCCUUGGCCCUGCCCUGGUGGCUGCUGCCGCACAGGGCCGGGACCCUAGUGACCAGGCUGAGGGGGCCGAAGGCCGAGAUGGUGCUAGCCCAGAGCACAAGCUGCCCCCUGAAGGCCCCGUGAGGGCAGCCCUGGUGGGCUCGGAGGAAAGCACUAGAUCCCAGUACAGCACAGCAGCUGUCAAAUCGCCCACCAGCCUCCCGGCGGGCAUCUCCCUGAAGCAGACAUUUCAGCAGGUGCUGCAGUGGGGGGAGCAGCUCACCCAGACGCUUCUGGGACCUGAGAGUCCUGCCAAGCCUGAGAAACACCAGCAGCUGGUCCCGCAGGACACAGGAGAGAGGCAGGGCAGCUGGUGGGGGCAGCUGAGCCAGGCCUCCAGAGUCUACACCACGGCCACGAAGGAAAGAUUCCCCAUCAUCCGCUGGACGAAGCUGCGGGUGGCUGCAGGGGACACCAGCUGCAGCCUAGCUGCUCCGCCCCAUGGAUCCAGCCAAGCUUCUGCAAAUGAGUUCAGUGCUCGGGGAGGGGAGGGGGCCAGUGGCACAAACCUGCAGCCCCUCAAGCCCAGCGCUGGGGAAGGAGGUGCUGAGGCUCCGGAUCCAACGCCCUCCAGCGAGGCAGGGAGCUUGGAGGCUCCUCAUGCUGAAGAGCUGCCACUGCAGGCCAGGGCCAAGGGAUGCGCAGGCCCCAGGGAGACUGAGCCACCAGAGCCCUCUGCCUGCAAGAGAUGCCUGCCUCCAUCCGAGGAGCCGGGCCCUGAUGUGAGCCAGGCGGCCACACCCAGCCUGAACAUGGUCGGCUCCCCCAUCCACCCUAACUGGCUGGGCCGACUCUUCGGGGCCAGAUGUUCACCUGCCAGAGGCUUCCCUGCUGACCCUGACACCAGUGCAGCCAAGUCCAGGAGACCUUCCAGCUGGCUGCCUCCCAGUGUGAACGUUCGUGCCCUGGUUUUGAAGGGGGGGCCCUUUGAGAAGGCCUGGCCUCAGGAACACCAAAAGAAGAAAGCGUCUGAUGCGCUCCACCUGCACAGGGCUGUGCGGGCGCUGUGUGAUCACACUGGGGUUGGAGACGAUCACCUGAGCUUCAGGAGAGGGGACAUCCUGCAGCUCCUAGCCACAGUGGAUGAGGACUGGAUCCGCUGUUGUCAUGGAAACAACACUGGCCUAGUUCCUGUUGGCUACACAUCCCUGAUUUUAUGAGGAGGAAUCCCGCAUGAAGCAUCUGCUGGCCCCAGGGCAAGGGCCAUGGCCCUGUGAUUUCCCUAAGCAUCUUUGGGGGGCUAGUUCCAGGCCACGAGAGCGAAGGGUUCCCUGGUGUCAUUUCUCUGCACCAAGCCGCAGGCUCUAGCCAAGGGGUGCAUCCUCACAGCAGUGCCCAACAGUGCCAGACAGCUCCCUGCCACCCAUGCUUAAGUUCUCUGCAGCAGUACACGGUUAACUCACCUCCCACUCUGAGCCCUGCCCCUGUAUCCCAAUGGUUCUGAUCUGUCUUUUGUGUGUUGUCUCAACUGUUGCCUUUUUGUGCCCCUCUGCUCCUGUGCAGUAAUCACACUUGAGUAUAUAUCUUCCUGCUGCCUCCCGUCAGCCUGGCAUGCCCGAGUACUGCUCCCCCGUCAUGCCCUCCAGGGCCAGGCUGGAGCAGGGGCGUGGUUGGGCCCUCAGCUGUGGGGGGCUCAGCCCCAGCACCAUGUAAAUAGCUGUGACCAUAGGAACAAAAAACACUGUCUGGCCAGGAAUGUGGG